AUGUAUGCAGAACCUGCUAUCCGCUUUGGGGAUCCAUUUGGCUCCAAUACGACUCCGAACAAGACCAUCCACCAGCAUCUCCCAUAUCUCGACUUCAAUAGAGCUCUCACCCCACCGCCAGAGAUGAAUGGUGCUGUCCAGGCGUCCAAGUCAGGCUACUACCAGCCAGAGCAUGCCACCCAUUAUGGAGACUACGUCCCUUCCAACCACGCCUCGAGAGCUCCCGCAGCACACUGCCUGCCUCAGGAGGUGUCCAACACUGAGUUUGGUCAGAAUGGAGUGCAGCCGCGAAGUCGGCCCAUGUCACCCGCCAUGACUUCACGGCAAACGACAGUGGAUGACACGUACUCACAGCACAAGAGAGAACCUCAGGCUAGUGCAAUUGCCCCUUCGUUCCAGAUCCCCAAAUCUGUGAACGACAGCGGUGGAAGUUUGUCAGAGCUCGCAGCACAGAUCACCUGCCUGUUCUGGUUCGAAUCAUCUGAUCUCCUUCAACAGAUCGAAGAAUCUCCGAUCCCUCUCCAUCCACCGAGACAACUUGUAGCAGAUGCAAAGCCCACGACUGGGUUCAGGAAAUGGGUCACGACGAUACUUUCAACAACACUUGUUGCACAGAAUGUGGUGCUUUUGGCACUACUAUUCGUUCACAGGCUGAAGAAGCUCAACCCGGCGGUCAAGGGGAAGCCAGGGAGCGAGUACAGAUUGCUCACAGUAGCAUUGAUGCUCGGCAACAAGUUUCUGGACGACAACACAUAUACGAACAAGACGUGGGCUGAGGUGUCUGGGAUCAACGUCAACGAGGUCCACAUCAUGGAGGUCGAGUUUCUGAGCAACAUGAAGUACUGCCUCUUCACUUCUGCAGAGGACUGGGCGAAAUGGCAGUCUUUGUUGGGCAAGUUUGCCAACUUCUUCGAGCGAGCGAGCAGGCCGCCUCCACGGCAUCCACCAGCACCAAUUCUACCGCCGGCUUCCUCACUGCAUUUGCGCAUGGCUCUUCCAUCGCCUCCGGCAUCGAACCAAGCAUCACCACCAUAUGUCAAUGAUGCUAAUCAGAACCUGCCGGCUUACGGGGGCCAGUAUGGACCUACGCCAGCCCCAUCACCGCUCACGUACAUGCCGAACGGUCAGGCCAGCCAUCCGACUUCCCGGAAGCGAAGCCACGAGGAUUAUGCAACUGAGCCUCCAGCAAAGAGAGUUGCCAACAACUACCAAAAUUAUCACUCGCCACAGUACUACGCAAGCGGCCCACAGCAACCUACCCAGAGUCAGCCAACUCGUGCCACCCUGCCUAGUCUGGCAAAUACGGUCAACCAAGCAGCCUCGGGCACACAUGCACACCAGCCCGCGAGCCAAGCACAGCAGCUGCCUCCUUUGCAGGUGCCUGCAAGGGCGAUGGCCAUGGUGUAUCCCAAUGCAAGCUCCCAACCACACUUGCAGCAGAUGUCGGCUCUUGCUGGUCCAAGCUCGCAGCCGCCCUCACAGUAUCAGUCGAGACAGCAGUCACCGUACCCUGGCUCCGCCACCGCAUCACCAAGCCGCCACCUGCCGCUCUCGGCCACAACACUGCAACCUCCGAUUCAAGUCUCACCAACGUACUUCCUGCAGCAGCGGAACUCGCCAUACCGACCCGUGCACAAUGUGUCUACACUGCUGUACCCGCCAACCACGAAUUCCAUGCAGAACCAGCCGCAGAACGUCGAGUACAACCAGAUGCACUACCAGCCGCUCGGCAAGCCGAUUCAACAGGCACAGUCCGGCAGACUGCCAUACGUUUCUCAGAACGUCUGGCUCGGCGGCGACCACCAACAGUCCAUGACGCCGGUGCUCCAAUGGCCUGGAUUCAAUCACGCACGUCAACACCACCCGAUACCUCAACAAUAG